AUGCGGCUGCCACCGCUGCCUGUGUGCUCUGCCCGCAACAGCCCAGUGCUGCCAGCCACAGUCAUGGUAAGGCUGCUCCCAGCGCUGGCGGAGCCGCUGGUGGGUCUGCUGGGCAGAGCGCCCGUCGGUGGGCAGAUCAAAGAGCACAAAGGGGUCUUAGAGAUGUUCGAUGAGGGCCACGGGGAGGUGAAGACUGGCGAGCUGGGGCAGCUCGUGAGCCUGCUGGGCGUCAACCCCACCAAGAGUGAGCCGGCCUCGACGGCCAGAGACGCAGACAGAGACAGUGAAGGAUUCUUCAGCUGUGACGGCUUCCUGGUGCUGAUGGGCAUUUACAGCGAGAAGCCCAAGAACCAGGAGGCCGAGCUCAGGGCAGCUUCCUGUGUCUUCGACAGGGAGGGCGAGGGCUACAUUGACUGGAACACACGCAAGUGUGCGCUCAUGAACGCAGGGGAGCCCUCAACGAGCGAGGCCGAGCGGAUGAUGAAGGAGACCAAGGACGCGGACGAGAGCACCGACCGCCAGGGCCUGGAGGGGAAGGGGGGCAAAGAUGUUAGUCAGGAGAAGGGGAAGGGUUUUCCCGGACCAGCCACCAGUACACUCCCUGGUCACUUCCGCUGA